AUGUACAUAUGUUUUACAGAUAUAAAACAAAAACAAUUUUAUUCGGAUGAAGGUCUCACUUCUGUCCACUUGCUUGUACAAUAAUACUAGCAAAUUUAAUAGUGGUAAUGGUGUUUACAAAUAGUUUACGAUGGAGUCGCCAGCGUUACAGGGCACUGAAAGUAUUACCGUGAAGGCUGAGCCCGGUGAGGAUGCGUGUAUGACGGAUUUAUCAACGAUCGCAGUGUCUGUGAAAGUGGAGCAUUUUCUGGACGAUGUGUGCGUCAAGGACGAACCUAGACCCGAUGGUGUGUGUAUAAACAGUGAGCCAUCGUACUCAGAAGUGAGUGUAAAAGAGGAGUCAGCCAGCGCGCGCGCGGCGGCGGAGCUGUACGCCGGCCACGCGGUGAAGGACGAGCUCGUGCUCGGCCCCGAGCUAGUGGAGCGCCGCGGCACGCGACACGCGACAACGGUGUCAAAUGGGGCGAUCAAAGAGCAACAGUCGUGUGAGAUUGUCCUAAGGGACUGCAGUGUGCGGUUGAAUCGUCUUGACAUGGACAAGCUUCUCACCCACAUUCGGAGUACAGACCGGGACAACGAGUCAGGGCAAACUCCACAGAAGAUAUCAAGUGGCGGACCCGACACCUACAGAUGUGCUCACUGUAAAUAUACGACGGUUCAGAAACUACGCUUAAUUAGGCAUUUGAGUAAACACACCAGUGAGAGGCCGCACAGGUGUGACCAGUGCAACUAUACUUGCAGCUUCAAGAGUCGUUUGAAAAUUCAUUAUAAGAAACACACCGGGGAAAAGUCAUAUAAGUGUAACCAGUGCAACUACGCUAGUAGCCGGAAAGAUCAUUUCCUAAAUCAUGUAAGGACACAUACUGGGGAAAAGCCAUAUAAAUGUAACCAGUGCAGCUACGCUAGUAGCCAGAAAAAUCAUUUGAUAAAUCAUGUAAGGACACACACUGGUGAAAAGCCAUAUAAAUGUGAUCAGUGUGACUACGCUAGUCGCCUGAAAAUUUCAUUGCAAGUUCACGUAAGGAAACAUACUGGGGAAAAGCCAUAUAAAUGUAACCAGUGCAGCUACGCUAGUAGCCAGAAAAAUAAUUUGAUAAAUCAUGUAAGGACACACACUGGUGAAAAGCCAUAUAAAUGUGAUCAGUGUGACUACGCUAGUAGCCUAAAAAUUUCAUUGAAAGUUCACGUAAUGACACAUACUGGGGAAAAGCCAUAUAAAUGCAACCAGUGCAACUACGCUAGCAACUACAAACAAGAUUUAAAAGUUCAUGUAAGGGCACACACUGGGGAAAAGCCAUAUAAAUGCAACCAGUGUAACUACGCUAGCAGCUAUACAAGUUCACUGCAAGUUCAUGUAAGGACACACACUGGGGAAAAGCCAUAUAAAUGCAAGCAGUGUAACUACGCGAGUAGCCAGAAACGUAGUUUGCAAUGUCAUGUAAGGACACACACUGGGGAAAAGCCAUAUAAAUGCAACCAGUGCAACUACGCUAGCAGCCAUAAAAUGUCAUUGCUAUAUCAUGUACGGAUACACACUGGGGAAAAGCCGUAUAAAUGCAACCAGUGUAACUACGCUAGUAGCCGGAAAAGUGAUUUGCAAACUCAUGUAAGGACACACACGGGUAAAAAGCCAUAUAAAUGCAACCAGUGCAAUUACACUAGCAGCUAUAAACAUCAUUUGCAAAGACAUGUAAGGACACACACCGGAGAAAAAUCAUAUAAAUGCAAACCUGUGCAAUUACGCUAACAGCUAUAAACAUACUUUGCUAGUUCAUGUAAGGACACACACUGAGGACAAGGCAUAAAAAUAUAACCGGUGCACCUACGCUCGCAAACGAAAAAGUAAUUGUGAAAUUUGUGAUACUCAUGAAUGUAUUAUUUGAGGUAUGCAACAUAAUACCACGCGUUCCUGAAGGGUCGUGACAGGCAGACAGACGUAUGGACGGACAACAAAGUGAUCCUAUCAGGAUUCGGUGUUUUUUUGCCUUGUCCUUCAAUUUCUAAAUUAAUGGAAAAAGUUACACCUCCGGCAGGUCUCGAACCUGCGACCGGCUUUGCCGGAGCCGUCGCUAUGACCAACUUAGCCACAAAAGCCUUAAACCAAGGUCUUUGCCUAGACCGUACCAUACCAUGACCGUGCUAGAAGCGUAUCCGUCAAAAAAUAUUCUUUGUAUGAAAACGAUGAGACCAAAGCUACCUGGGCAGUAUCGUUGACCAGAGUGGAGGAACUGAAGCUGACAUUGAAUCUCGAAUAAACAAAGCCCGAGCCGCUUUCGGUCAGCUUAAACCGGUGUGGAGCUCCUCGACCCUGACUAGAAGAACUAAACUGAGGAUUUUCAAUUGCAACGUAAAGGCCGUAUUACUGUACGGGUGUGAGACCUGGUUUGUCCGCAAAGACCUAAUGUCAAAACUCCAAGUGUUUGUGAACAAAUGCUUGAGGCAGAUCCUACGUAUCCUUUGGCCUAACUGGAUCACAAACGCCCACUUAUGGAGAAUAACUGGACAAGCACCCGUACAAGAAGAAAUACAGACGCGGAAAUGGCAUUGGAUUGGACACAUCCUCAGAAAACCUGAUACCCACCUAUCCAAAAUAGCCCUCACCUGGAAUGUACCCGGAAAGCGCAAACCAUGCCGCCCUAAAUCGACCUGGCGUCGUUCGGUUCAGCAGGCGCUCAGGGUGCUAGGCAUGGGGUGGGAGGAGGUCACCCAAACUGCCCAAGACCGGAGUAAAUGGAGAAAUAUGAUUCGAGCCCUACACCCCAGCAGAAGAUAACAGGAUGCAAAGAAGAAGAAAAAAGAAGUAUGAAAACGAUGAGACCUUGCCCACUAGCCCGUUCCGUCACUGGCCAUGCUCAGCCCGGGCACUAUUGUCGGCGAGAAUAUUCGUCGGAGCGGACACGCGACGCGCAGGACACGCGACGCGCAGGACACGUGACGCGCAGGGCACGCGCCGCGCAGGACACGCGACGGACGCGAGCCGGUCUCUGCGGGCGGCGGUUGUAACCGCGUAUGAUGGUCAUUGCAUACCCGUUGUAAACGGGUUGUAUACGCGUUGCUUUGGUUUAGAAAAGAAAAAAAAUAAUUGUAUGAACAAUAUCAAUGGAAUUACCGUAAACUGACCUCCAGUAACCUAUUGAUACUGCAUCAGCAAGACGACGGCCGACAGAAAGCGUGCAACGUGGUACUUUGAAGCCCAUAUUGACCAACGCAAAGAUUAUUUCACUAAGUGCAAGUCA